AUGAAAUUCUUCAUUGCCUUGUUCGUGUUGGCAGCAAUUGUUUGCUGCACCUUUGGCCAACCAACAUAUCAACAGGCUGAAGUGGCUGAAACUUUGGAGGGUGCCGAUGGCAAUCUAGCUGUAGAUGCUGAUGCAGGUUCCGCUCGCAAAGUACGUUACGGAUUCUAUCCUGGAGGCUUUGGCGGUGGUUUCUAUCCACGAUUCGGUGGAUUGGGUGGAUUCGGCGGUGGUUUCGGCGGUAGCUCUUCUGUAGCCUAUGCACGUUCAAGUAGUUUCGGCGGUGGUUUGGGCGGUGGUUUCUUUGGUUAA